AUGUGGCCCAAUUCUUUCAUUUAUCGCUGUGUCCAUUUGUGGUAUAAUUUUGAAAACAAGGUAUACGACAUCGACGAUGAAUGGGCUCCAUUGGCGCAGAAAUUGUUCGGAUUCAGCCUACUGUUGAUGGUCACAUGGAUGAACUUCUUCAGCCUGAACAAAUUCGCUGGUCGAUUUCAAAUCGUUGCAACAGCAGCAAAGCUGCUCUCUUGUUUUCUUAUUAUCGCUACUGGACUCUAUUUCUACUUUGUUAAAGGAUGGACGUCCAACUUACGCGAUCCUAUGAAGGGCUCCAAUUACACACCCGGCGAUAUGAUCCUGGGUUCUACGGCGGAUUGUGGGCAUUCUCUGGAUGGGACGAACGUUCCACUUGCCUUGUUGGUUGGAAUAUUGACGGUGACAGCGGUCUACGUCUCCAUCAAUGUCGCGUACUUUGUCGCACUCGAUGUAGAGACGGUCAAGUCAUCGAACGCUGUUGCAGCCUUAUUCAGCCAAGCGACGCUGGGCUCAUUUGCGAACCUGAUUCCAUUCCUGAUUGGUGUGCUGCUUGUGGGAUCACUCAACAGCAAUCUAUUCUCGGGCAGCAGAUAUAUGUAUGCAGCUGCACGUCAAGGACAUCUUCCGACUUGUUUCAGCUGGGUGGAAGUAGCGGCGGAGCGGCCCGGAGCGGCU